CAAUAGAACUCAUCUUCUCUCUCCUUGUGUCACGACCUAAAACAUGAAAUAGACCCCGAAAUUGUAAUCGCCUGUUCGGUCUAUUGCUUUGUACGGACGAGGUCUGGAAGUACAGCGAAGUUGACAGCAAUGGGGUUGGAGGGAUUCGAACCCAUAUUUGGGGAGACCAGAGCAGAGUGCUCGGCCCCAAAUCCGUCACCGCUGCGCCCGUUUUUGUUCUAUGUUCAUGCUUCUGGUUCUUCUGCUCUAAGAUUUCAUGCCACCGAUUUCCAUUCCAGAACUUUCGAGGCCGUUCGCACCGUUGAACAGCUCGAGGACAUGAGAGAGAUGACUGGAAUUGUGGGCUCGUGGUCUGAGUUUAUGGAUUAUGUCAGGGCUUCCAUAAAAUCUGAUGAUGUAAAGCUUAUCUUGGAGGGGCACCCAGGACGAGAGGAAUACCAUAUCUGGUAUGUUUGUUUAGGUGCUUCAUAUGCAAAAUUAAUUGCCCGGAGAUCAAAAGGAAUGCCAGUAAUCUCUAUUUCUCUUGCUAAACUGGAGGAUGCUGCUGCUGCUCAUGAUGCCAUGGCAAAUCUUUCACUGGAGCUCUUUAAAGAAUCCAAAAGCAUGCAUAAUUUAUCUAAAAAUGUGCAGGAGCAAUGUUUUCAUCUGACAAAAGAAAUAUCAGCAGAACAGGAAAAGAAUGAAAUUUUGCAGAGGCAACUUGAUACAGUUCUAUAUUCAAAGAGGCAGAAGAAAAUGAAUGACAAAUCAAACUCUCAUGCAUCGUCAGUUGCUGGUUUACAAGAUUCACCAGAUAAGCAGGCUGCUCAAAAUCUUGACUCAACUAAAAUGGCCAAACGUGUUGUGCCGGCAUACCGCAGGGCCAAAGUACGAGGAGCUGUUUUGCAGGAUACAGAUGAUGAUGAAGAUAAAUAGAGUAUCUUGACACCCUAAAUCACAAUGUUCAUUUAUGAAGUACUGAAGGCCCAAAACUUCGAUGUUCUUUUUUUCUUUUUUAGUUCUAGCAUGCGAUGAUAUGGCAUAAAAAGGACAGGGAUAAGUCUCAUGUAGAGUGUCAGGUUUUAACUAGUGUAAGUGGGUAAUUGAGGGCCUAUACAGCAUGUACAUUUGAGUUUUAUCGCCAUUACAAUGGAAAUUUAAUGUGCAGUUAUGCAUUUUCCGCAA